AUCAUUAUUAUGUAUGUUUAUUUUAGGUUUAGUCGAUGAUGAUUUUGUUGAAUUAUUAGAACAUUUAACAUCACCAUCAUUCCAUCAACAGCAACCGCCUAUUAUUUUCAUAUUAGCUGAUCACGGUUUACAUUAUGGACCUAUGUGGUCUAAAACUACAGCCGGUCGUCUUGAAUCUCGUUUACCUAUUCUAAUUACGAUUAUGCCGAAUGAGUACUUGAUGUCAUCAAAGAAAAAACAAAUGUUAAUUCAAAAUCAAUUCCGGCUUGUCACUCCUCGAGAUAUUUAUUGGACGCUAUUUAAUAUCGCUUCUCCUAUAAAGAAUAAUAUGGUCAACGACUUUCGUCGGCAAAGUUUAUUUGAUGAUUUAUCAAUGGAAAGAAAUUGUUCCACAGAGGGCAUACCUGAACCGUUGUGUGCCUGUAGUGAAGAUGGAAUCAAGAUUAAUCCUGCGCUGCAUGUUUAA